UUAUGGUGAUUUACAGGUAUUUUCUGUUUUUGUGCUUCCAAGGUAUAAAACUAUUUUCUUCGCGGAUGUGCACAAACGUAGACCAUGCGCUUUGUGUUUUAACGUGCCGGUGACGUCAGUAGCUCAUCUCGCCAGUCACCCUGCUUAACCGUCGGUCAACAGGCUGAGCGCUGCCUUGUGUUGCUUUUGGGUUUAAUAUGGCCGCAGGUCCUCUUUCUGUAUCGUCCAACGCAUCCGUAAACAACGAUGGUAUUCUUAUUGGUGACAAAGUUUACUCUGAAGUGUUCCUCACGAUCGACAACUCGCUCGUACCGGAGGAAAGAUUGUCGCCGACGCCGUCGAUGCUCGACGGCCUUGACUUGAACACGGAGACCGACCUUCGCAUCCUUGGAUGUGAACUCAUUCAGUCGGCCGGCAUUCUACUCCGAUUACCGCAGGUGGCUAUGGCAACUGGACAGGUGCUCUUUCAUCGUUUUUUCUAUUCCAAGUCCUUCGUUAAGCAUAGUUUUGAGAUUGUUGCAAUGGCUUGCAUCAACUUGGCUUCUAAGAUUGAAGAAGCUCCACGGCGAAUACGAGACGUCAUCAAUGUUUUCCAUCAUCUACGGCAGAUGAGAGUGAAAAAGACUCCAAGUCCAUUGAUACUUGAUCAGAACUACAUAAAUACCAAAAAUCAAGUUAUCAAAGCUGAAAGGCGGGUCCUGAAGGAGCUGGGCUUCUGUGUGCACGUCAAGCAUCCUCACAAGAUAAUCUUCAUGUACCUUCAAGUCCUGGAAUGUGAGAAGAACCAGACUCUGGUCCAGACAGCCUGGAACUACAUGAACGACAGCCUGAGGACCAAUGUGUUUGUGAGGUUCCAAGCUGAGACCAUCGCCUGUGCCUGCAUAUACCUCGCUGCCAGGGCUCUGCAGAUACCUCUGCCCACCAAGCCUCAUUGGUACCUGCUGUUUGGUGUCACUGAAGAUGAGAUUAAAGAGGUCUGCAUCACCACCCUGAAGCUUUACACCAGGAAGAAGCCCAACUAUGAGCAGCUAGAGAAGGAGGUGGAUCGACGAAAGAUGUAUUUGGCUGAAGCUAAGCUGAAGGCCAAAGGUUUGAAUCCUGAUGGAACCCCUGCUCUGUCCACUCUCGGAGGCUUCUCCCCUGCUUCCAAGCCUAACUCCCCUAGUGUUGUCAAGGUAGAUGAGAAGUCCCCCAAUCCUCAGACCCUCAAACAGGUUAAGAAGGAACCAGAUAAUCGGACUCAAGUCAACAAAAGUCCCCACAACGGGUUGCGAAAAGAAGUGAAGAUCGGCAGAAACAGCAGGAGUGGAAGUCGAUCCCGCUCUAGAACACGUUCUCGAUCAAGAUCCAGAUCACCUCGAAGACAUUACAACAGCAGACGGAGUCGCUCUGGGACCUACAGUUCACGCUCCCGUUCCCGCUCACACAGCCGUAGUCUGUCUCCUCGCCGACACCCACCUUCACCCCUUCUCCCUCACCUGAAGUCCAAGAGCAGUCACCACAGCAGCAACGACUCCAAGACCAUCGGACGCCAUAGCAACAGUGGAGGUUCUGGUCACAAGAGGAAACGCUCGCGCUCUCGUUCACGAUCCCGUACACCAGUCAAAGUGGACAGGGAGCGCGAGAGAGAACGGGAACGGGAAAGAGAGCGAGAUCGCGCCUCCUACGACCUGUCCACAAAGAAACACAAACAUGAGCGCGGAGGUCACCGCGGCGACAGAAGGGAGAGGUCCCGGUCCUACGACAGGGACAGAGAGAGGGAGCGCAGCCACAAGAGCAAACACCACAGCAGCAGUGGACACUCAGGACACAGUCGUCACCGCCGCUGAGACUCUGGGUCGAGGAUCAUGCACACGUUUUCAAGAGACUGGAACCUAAAUUAUUCCUGACAGGUUCUGACUGUCGGGUUCACUGUAGUUAAACUGAUAAAUGACAGUUUCUCUGUUGAAAUGUUGACAAACAAGUUUUUGUUUAGAAGUCGCCCUUCGUCCACUGAAGUAAACCAAAUAUAUUUGGCCUGUCAGCUGAAGAUCCAGGCCCGUUUUACAGAACAACAUGGGUUUCAUUUAACCAGUUUUCAUAUUGGGAUGUGUGAAAAUGAUCAUUUAAAAUACAUCACCUACAUGAAUGUUCUUUUUUUUUUUAUGUUCACUGGAGUCUAAAACACCUGUUUCAAAGUAAGUUUGUCCAAAAGAAAAUCAUGUUGAAGAUUUAAAAUUGGGAGACGCUGCUGUUAACCCUUUACUUGCACAGUGAUGAAAAGUCCUGUCAGGACUUUAGUAACACAGCAGAUCCUGUAGCUAAUAUUUGGUGGCGGUGUUCAUCACUGUAGAGCUAACCUGUGCAGCGGAGGAACUGGUGUUUACAGUAAACACCAGAAAGAUGUAGACUGAAGGUUUAGUGGAUGGACUUUGUGUCAGAGGUCACAGAUCAGAUUUAAUGUUGUUUUUCAUCAUUCCACGUACAUUUGGCUCUUCGUCCCCGUGGGUUGAUGCUGUUGUAUGUCUCCUGUUUUUACUUGUGAAACUUUGACUUGAGAAAAAAUAUUUACAGUGUAAAGUUGGAUUUAUAUGCAGAGGUUGAAUGUGAAGGCUUUGAUUUAUAAAAGCAAACUUCACAGUGAAACAAUGUCAAAUGAAAAGGAUUCUUCAGGAAAGAUUGAAGUUUGCACAUAAAGGACUGGCAGGCGAGUUUCUGUUCCUUCUGAUUUAGGGCUUCAUCUUUGAACAGGUGCAUUUUAGUGGUGUUGUACAGUUAAAAAAAAAGCCAACUGGUUUUCUUUUUUUUUUUUUUACAGCAGGGCUUGCAGACUUAAUUCCAAAAUAAUUUUAAGGUUGCAUUUGUUAAACUGGUUUGAAGUCUGCACGUGUACAUGUCCAAUUUUUAUCCAAUAAAAAAUUAGUUAUGCCACUGA